CCCGCCGCCCCGUUGGCGUUGGCGGGAGCGGGGCGGGGCCGGCGGCGGCGGCACCGGCACCGGCAGCAGGGCCGGCCGCGGAGUUCUUACUGAACGUGCUUGGCAAGAUGGAGCCACCAACUUCCUCCAGGCUGAAUUCUCGAAAGAGAAGAAAAGAUGGAUCUGGCCCCAAUGGAGCAACAGAGCCGGAUGGAAUCCCUCCAAAAAUGCCCCGUCGCUCAUUUGGACUGAGGGAGCCAGCUCCAUUUUCAGAUGAAGUGGAAAUCGAUUACAGCAAGCCAUACGUCAGAGUAACAUAUGAAGAAGCGAUGAGAGGGACCCAUUUGGAUCGCCCUGUCAGAGUUUAUGCUGAUGGAAUAUUUGACUUGUUUCACUCUGGACAUGCCCGGGCCUUGAUGCAAGCAAAGAACCUCUUCCCAAACACAUACCUCAUUGUGGGAGUCUGUAGUGAUGAGCUGACCCAUAACUUCAAGGGCUUCACAGUAAUGAAUGAGAACGAGCGGUAUGACGCUGUACAGCAUUGUCGCUAUGUGGACGAAGUGGUGAGAAAUGCACCAUGGACGCUCACGCCGGAGUUCCUGGCAGAGCACAGGAUUGAUUUUGUGGCACACGAUGACAUCCCAUAUUCUUCUGCUGGCAGCGAUGAUGUUUAUAAGCAUAUAAAAGAAGCAGGCAUGUUUGCACCAACUCAGAGGACUGAAGGGAUCUCAACAUCAGAUAUCAUCACCCGGAUUGUGCGGGACUAUGAUGUUUAUGCCAGAAGAAACCUGCAAAGGGGCUACACAGCUAAAGAGCUCAAUGUCAGCUUCAUAAAUGAGAAGAAAUAUCACCUCCAAGAACGUGUGGAUAAGGUGAAAAAGCGGGUGAAGGAUGUAGAGGAGAAGUCAAAGGAGUUUGUCCAGAAAGUGGAGGAGAAGAGUAUUGAUCUCAUUCAGAAGUGGGAAGAGAAGUCCCGGGAGUUCAUCGGCAAUUUCCUGGAGAUGUUUGGCCCAGAAGGCGCAUUGAAACACAUGCUGAAAGAGGGCAAGGGCCGGAUGCUGCAGGCAAUCAGCCCAAAGCAGAGUCCCAGCAGUAGCCCCACGCAUGAUCGCUCCCCAUCUCCCUCAUUCCGCUGGCCCUUUUCAACCAAGACUCCUCCUUCCUCACCGGCCAACCGUGCCAGGAAUGAGUCCACAGUUACCUAUGACAUCAGUGAGGAUGAAGAGGAUUAAGCUACCAGCUGGGGUUUGCUGCGAGUCGCUGAUCGCCGAAUCACAAGCCCAGACCCACUGGGGAACUCUGAAUGAGUAAGAGAGCCAUAGGAACAGGGCUGACGUUGGGCACAGGGUCCUGGAGGCACCCGUCGCUCUUAGCAAGGGCUGCUGCCUGGAAGCACAUUCAGAAAUCUCUUCUUCCCUUCUCCCUCAAACUCCCUUUUUAUUGUUUACGUUCUAAUGGUUUCCAGGGGAAAGAUGGUUUUUAUAUUUUAAGAAAAUACUCUUUUUAAACACAAAGAAUAGCACUCAAGUGCGGCUCUUGUUUUGGUUUCUUUUCCCCUGUUAAGUCUCCAGGUGAGAGGGAGAGUGGGAUGCUAUGCCCAGACCCUUCUGUCUCUCCUUUUCUUCAACUCCUCUGUCUGAUUCCCCCAUGCCCAGGCAGUAUCUGUGCUGCUGCCAAACGAAAGAUAACAUGGUUCCUCAACCAGUGUGACCUCGAAAGCAUGCAGGAAGCAGUUGAAUAGAAAGGCUAUUAGGAAAUGGAGACAUCUCUGCUGCACUGAAGCUGAUAGGGAUCUGUCUGACAGUUUCUGUAGUGCUCUAGUGUCUCUUAGCUGAGCUUACCAGCAUGUUGCAGUGAAAAUGCACUGGGGAGUGGGAUACCAACUUGGCAUGCAGGAGUUAGGCCCUGUAAGAAGUUGCAGCACCACAGAAUCCUUCACCCCGUAAGUGUGCAGCAUUCACAACCCCACACCUGUGUGAGGGCUGCAAAGGAAGGGCCUUUCCAGCUUGUCUUGACAAGACUGCUAAGCCUGGAGCUAAAAUUGAGCCCUCGGUUGCUGUUGGAGAGAAGAGCUUGAGUCUUUCUUUCAGAGCACUUGCUGUCUGCGUUCCUUGAGUGUGUGAGAGCCCACGUAGGAAAUGAAUGUAUGUGCUUCUUUAAAAAGUUUCUUGUUUCAGUCUCUGGUGUGUAAUACUUCUUACUGUCUGUCCAGAAGGCCCCUCAACACUGUGCUCAGUACAUGUUUGCCUGCAUUUUAGUUGCUGUGGUCUAAGGGCUGGAGCAGUCCUUUAUACCGGUGCCGUGAAGUCGUUGCUGUAAGGACAAAACGUGAAUUCAUAUGGCCAAUUUGCUGUCUGUGUUGAUAUGUGCAGUUGGACAGAUGAAGGGAAUGUUUUACCACAGUUAAGGGUGAUGGUCCCAUGUGACAGUUACCUGGGUUGCACGUUAAAUGCAAAAAUCUAUGCUCAUUUAUGCCAGCCCUUAAGGGAGGGGGCUGAAAGAGCAUCAGAAAGAGCUGCAACUUUUUAAGAUUUUAAACAUAUAACCCACUUGUUUGAAACCAUGGUUCAAGUCCUGCCUGCUGUUGUGCGUAAUAAAUGUUGAGCUUUGUGUCCUGGCAGUGGCCUGCAACUUUGCACUGGGAGUUGUGCUCCCUGCAGUGCACGCCUGCAUGCUGAGCAGGCCGGUGCCCUCAGUUCCGGCAGCCAGCGCGCGAGGGACAGGGCUCGCUGUGUCGUAGCCAUGAAGCUCCCGCUUGCUUUUCAGUUACGGUUUGCCUAUGGCAUCCAUUGGCUCCAGCUGGAGCUCCUGGGGUGAGUUGCCGGUAUCCUCCUGUGAGGCUGGGAGCAGAGGAGGACGGGCUCGGAGGACAGUCAGCGAUGCCACGGGGGAGUUUCAAAGCAGGAACGUAGGGCCCAGGGAACAGCGAUCCCCAGGAGGUGCCUCGUCGAUGCUGCCGCGUGCUCUGCACCCCAAGAUGCUUCUAGGGAGCGCGAGCGCCCUGCGGGAGGAGCAGGCUGCCGCUUCUUCCCACUUUUAGUCUUGCUCUUUCUGUGUCACACCAGCCAAAGGGCUUGACAGAGACUAGUGAAAGAGACACCUCUUUACACCUUGCUUCUGUUGAGACCAGAAUUGGUACGGGAAAUGGUAUUUUGGGGGUUGCUCCUGUGCUGCUUUGGCCUCUUGUCAGCCGAAAUGCGUGCAGCUCUGGGAGCAUGGCUGACUGCUGUUGGCGUUUAAGUUAUAACGAGCAAAUGUGGCCACUUGAUAUAAACCAGUUUUUAAUUCCCUGGUUUACGAGUGAUAGAGCACUUAUUUUAUAUUACCCACAUUCCCUCUUCCCUGAUCUUCCCCACCUUUCUUCACCCUUCCUUCGGAAUACUGUUAAGUUACUUCCCCGAGCUGGAUCACAGAGGCCAGGCUGCCGUAGAGCCUCGCUGCUGUUUAAACCCAGGACACGUGGCGGGGUUCUGCAGGGCCGGUGUUUUGGAUGGUGGUUUGUUCCGCAGAGACCUUACAAGUUUCCUGGUCUCUGCAAAACUUCAGGUGCUUGGUAAGAAGCCAGACAUGGUUUUACCUAUAGCUUGGCAUAACAGAGCUGUUUCUUGUAACCAACAAUUCCUGCUUCCUCCUCACGCUUAUAUUAAAAUGGACACUCCAAUCCCAGACUAGUCUGUUUUUUUUUUCCUUUUGGUUUGUUUUUUUGGGGGGUAUAGGGAGUGUAUUAUUUUCUCCUGGGUUGCUGGACUGGCCACAUCUCCAGGGCUGCCCUAUCCUGUCAGGAAUAGGACAGAGCUUGAUCUUUGGGCAAGAUGUGUAAGCUGAGUUCUCCAGGUGCAUCUUGUCAGUGACGGAUUGCUGCUCUGGGGCUGUUCACGCACUCCUAGCCUGUCCUGCUCGCUUUGAAAGAAGCAUCCAGAAGGGAGGUGUUAGAAAUAGGAAUGAAGUAAGAGGCAGAGUGGAAAAAUGAAAUUUCAUUAGCGUGCCUUGAAGAAUGCACAGUCCUCAUGUGGAGCUCGGUGCUGGUAAAUCCAGAGGCAUCAACUUCUGUGAACCAGCCCUGCCUCCAUUCCUCCUCUGAGUCAGGCACGAGGCCGCUGGCCCUAGGAGCCAGCCACUGAAAGUGCAUUUUCUUGUGGCAGGGAACCUGCAGCAGGGCAAAAUUUAAAGAUGCCAAGGAUGCUAGCAGAAGCAGGAGUUAAAGAACGUAGCACUUCAAUAGUGCGGUGGUAGGGUCUCAGGAGAAAUGUUUUAAUCUCUUGGAAAGUAUGGCACACACCUGUGCUCACAAGUAUUUUUUAGAAAGUUGGGACUUUAUUGGGAUCUAGUUCUUGUAACCUGAAGCAGAUAAUGGGGUAGUGAAUACAGCUGGCUGUAGCAGUGACUUCGGUGUGACAGAGCAGGCAUCUUGCCCCUGCUCUUAGGGAGGAUGUCAUGCUCCCUUUCGUAAAGAUUUUCUGCCUGCUGUAGGUAUGAGGCUGGGUCUGGCUGUCCAGCAAGGGGGACAAGUCUCUCAUUUUGCUGCUUGUCUGUGUGUUGUAUCUCAUCAAAGCCAUGAGAUUUCUGGUGCCCAGCACUCCUGCUGGUGCCUAUAAAGCUGUGUCAGUAAGGAUCAUUCUCUGUUACCAUGACUCUCUCAAAACAUGUUAAAUUUGACAAUCUUGUGACUAAUCACCAUUGUGUUUUCCAGGUGAGCAGUCUGAACACAGUCACUCACAGAAAGCUCAGAGUAGCAAUUUCCCCCCCUCCUGGGACAGAGAACUUGCUUUUUCCCCGGAGUGAGUAAAUGAAAUAGAUAAUGUUUGGGAGCUUUGGAUUUCUGACUCUUCCCCAAAAUGUUGCCCUGUCCAAAGGUAACAUGACAGGGAGGGAUCGAGAGGGCUCCAAGAUCCAGGUCACAUGAAGCGGACCAGUGCUUCAGUGGUGCCCAGCAGCGGGCUCUGAUUUUAGCACUGAUGCUUGGGUGUCUACUGUACAUGUUCCUCCAAGCUGUUUUAGCCAGGCCUUCUGCUGCCCCUUCUGGCCCCAGCGCCGUGGCUGCCUCGGGAUGUCUCUUCUAAGUCAGUAUUCGCUGUGGUGGUUUCUCUGUGUGGGCCUGUGUGCACAUGCGUGUCUUACUGGCUUGUUCUUGAGUUGUUUUGGCUUUAUGUUUAGCCAAAUAAAUGCAAAAGUAAUUUUA